AUGCUGUUGACGUUCCUGUGGAUAGCGGCCGCUCUGGCGCUGUCGGUGACGGUGCGGGUGAACAACGAGCUUAUUCCAAGAGGACGCAUCAGCUGGGAUGGUAAUUCAUGGACAUUUAUUCCCUCCGGCGCUUCUAGCUUGCCUUCUAGUGGCUUGGCAUGUGCUGGAAUCGAGGAAAACGGUAAUUUCGAGUGCCAGCACGUAUUUAAUUUGGAGGAGAAUCUCCGGGAAAGGUAUAGCAUAAUUGCUGAUUCGCAAAAUCACCUUCGAGUGAGCGCAAUGCCCGGUGAGCUCCAAGGAGAAGUGGGCUCAGCCACAGCCAUUGCCAGGCCGAUCCCCAAGAAGCCUCAAGCCAUUGCUACCGGAGAAACAGCCGAAGAGGCUCCUGUGAAAGAAAAAAGCUUUGUGGUCAAAUAUUGGUACCUGAUCCCAAUUGCGUUUAUUUUGCUGAGCGCCGGCGGAGGAUUUCGGCGACAUGUUUGCGCGUCCAAGCCGGCAGAAUCUAGUCCACCGGCGGAGUCUGCGGAACCGCCAACGCCCAAGCCCAAGCCCAAGGCGAAGGAGAAAGACCUAGUGUUGGAGGAGCUGCGGGAGCUAGUGCGACAAACGUCGCAACAAGAUGUGAACGUGCCGGUUCUUGUGGCUAAGAUUGUAGUAGUUUUUGGUAUUUUUCUUCUUGACUGGGCCUAUCGGAUUGGGCAAAGCGAACGAGCGCUAGCCACCGUGAAAAUCAUAGCCGUGCUGGUGUUCAGCGCACUAUACCCCUGGUUUACCCUGGCUCUGUUGACAAGUAUUGCAGUUGUUUACGGAUUCUCUAAGACACGAACAGUACAUUAA